AUGUCGCUGCGAGAACCUUCCCUAGACGUUCAGCCCGCAUCAAAGCCUCGCUACCCCAUUAGCCGCUAUGCCGGCCACCGCGAUUCCAAGGACCUUCAAAACUCCAAGAGCAUGUUCCUCAAGGAAUGUUCGCUCUACACAUGUUUCCUCCUCGCAGGUUGGGUCGAUGCUACCGUCGGUGCUCUUCUCCCUGCUAUUCGUGAACACUGGGAUCUAAGCUUCGUCCUUGUAUCCAUGCUCUUCGUUGGUACCUUUGUGGGAUGCAUCAUUGCUGCUACCUUUGUCUCUCCGCUGAUGGAUAGAAUUGGUUAUGGAAUUAUGAUCAGCGGCGCUGCUGGAUUGUCUAUCAUAUUUCCAGUGGUUUUUCUGACUAUGCCACCUUUCCCCGUUCUCGUCGUCGCCAUGAUCUUUUCUGGAAUGUCGACUUCGACUUUGGAUGCUUUGGUCAAUGUCUGGAUCUCUCAACGUCCCAAAGCUGACGUUCGACUCGGAUUCUUGCACUUCCUUUACGGAGUAGGAGCUCUCUGUUCACCGUUGGCAGCGAUCCCGUUUGUCGAGAAGAAAGGCGUUGCAUUCCAGUACUUCUUCUGCACCUCUUUGGCACUCGCAACACUCGUCUUGACUCUCGUUACAGUGGCAUUCCGUCUACAACGUGACGAGCAUGUAGAAGGUGCUGACGAGGGCCCUGCUGACGCCGACGACUCUAUUGGGCUUCAGCCUCAAUCCACAUCAGCACACGAUCUCAAGGACAAGUCUUCCUCUGCUCUCGCUAGAACACCCGCCCACGGCAAUGCUGCCUCAAACCCGCACGAUCCAAUCAAUCUUAUGCCUACCACAAACGCCCACACAUUCGCAUCGGAGCUUCACCCCGUUCCUGCGCGCACGAACACACGCACCGGCUUCGAAAAGCUCAAGGCGGUAGUCAGCCAGUCCAAAGUUCUCCUUCUCGCUGCGUUCACCGGUAUCUAUGUCGGUACAGAAGUCACCGUCGGUGGAUGGUCGAGCACGUUCCUGAUCGAGGCAAGGGGGCAAGGUGCGAGUGCCAACGCUCUCGUUUCAGGGUUUUGGGCUGGUAUUGCAUUUGGACGAAUUCUUUUGAUCCCUGUCACCGCCUGGCUGGGAGAUGAGAUUGCAAUCAUCAUCUACCUCCUCUUCGCAGUCGGUCUCCAACUGUUGGUCUGGUUCGUGCCCAACAUGAUCGCCAACGCAGUCGCGCUUGCUUUGCUUGGUGUUUUCCUCGGACCUGCCUUCCCGUGUAUGAUUAGGGUGACGAGUAAGACCAUUCGUCCUAGAGCGCAUCUUACGGCAGCGAUUAGCUUCAUCUCAACUUUCUCAGCAGCAGGUAUGGCAUUGUUGCCGUUAAUUGUCGGUCUUGCGUCGCAAAAGGCUUCGCAAGGGGUCAAGAUCUUGCCGCCUAUGCUGGUUGGGUUGCUCAGUCUGCAAGUGUUUUUGUGGAUCGCUUCGAACAAAGAGUACUUUGUUAAGCGGUUCGUUAAGAAGGAGGAUAUGAGCGAGGUCGAGGAUGUCGAUUGUCUUGGUUAG